UUAAUCAAUCACAAAAAAUCCAGUAGAUAUUUCAGAAGCAGACAAUCAAAGCGACUCAAUUACUUCGAACUCGUGCUGUAAUUCCAUAUCAUUAGUGAACAUCAUUCAGUACUAACAUGGCACCAACAAUAGAACGAAUCGUCGACAGUGUCGAACUCGGCGAAGGACCCCACUGGGAUGCCGCUACACAAAGCCUCUAUUUCGUCGAUAUUUUCGGAAAAGCCAUCCACAAAUACGUACCAGCGACGAAAAAACAUACCAAAGCAGUGAUUGGAACCAACCACGUGUCACUAAUAAUCCCAGUCGAAGGAGAAAAAAACAAAUUUUUAAUUACGAUAGGCCGGCAGUUGGUGACAGUGAAAUGGGACGGUGUAAGCGAGAAAGUUUCCGAAAUUACAAAAAUAGGCGAAGUCGAUGACGACUCGAGUACUCUCGAUAACAGGUUCAAUGACGGGAAAUGUGACCCCACAGGGAGAUUAUGGGCGGGUACUAUGGGAGGCGAACCAACUAAUGGACACGUCAAACCGAACAAAGGCGGGCUUUUCAGUUUAGGACCUAAUAGGCAACUGAAGAAACAUUUGAGCAAUGUUACGAUCUCGAAUGGGCUUGCCUGGAGCCAGGAUUUGAAAAAAAUGUAUUAUAUUGACACGCCUAAAAGGACAAUCGAUGAGUAUGAAGUGGAUAUAAAGUUCGGCACCCUUUCAAAUGGAAGACCCAUUUUUAGUUUGGAUAAACACAAUAUUCCAGGGUCUCCAGACGGGAUGGCUAUUGACACCGAUGGGAAUUUAUGGGUGGCUGUUUUUAAUGGCUAUAGGGUCAUUAAAAUCGAUCCCCGGAAACCGGAAACUCUCCUAGAUACAAUUCAAUUGCCUGCUAAACAAGUAACGUCAGUAGCUUUUGGAGGUCCCAAUUUAGACGAACUGUACGUCACUUCUGCCUCUUUCACGAUAGAUGGCGUAGUACUUCCGCCACCUGACCAUGGGGCUACUUUCAGGAUUACAGGAGUAGGGGCAAAGGGAUACCCAGGAGUUAACGUAAAAUUUAAUUACAAAAAUGUUACACAUGAAUGUCCUCAAGAAUUUUCUGAACCAUCCGGUAUGAAAAUAAAAACUCAAAAUUACGUGACAUCUGUCAAACAAUUAAAAACAAUGGUCCGAAUAACCCAAAUUGGGGACAAUCUAGAAGUGGGCACUCGCAUCCAUUGGGACCAACAAACCCAAAACCUUUAUUAUGUCGACGUUCCCACAUCAACCAUCUACAGAUACAGACCUUCUACAGACAAAAUAACUCAAGCCCAAAUAGGAAAUGAACCUCUAGCUUUCGCAUUUCCGGUCGAUGGCAAAGAAGAUGUUUUCAUUGCGGGACUAGGCCGAAAAAUAGUUUUGUUGAGAUGGGACGGUAGUAGCGAAAGCGCUUGCUCGUGUACUACUAUUGCGGAAGUAGACAGAGAACCGGAAUUGGCCAAAAAUCGGUUAAAUGGUGCCAAAAUUGACCCAUAUGGGCGACUGUGGGCCGGCACGAUGGGACCACAGGACGCCAACGGGCAAACAAUUCCCAAGCAAGGGUCAUUGUAUAGUUUAACCAAUGGUAGACUCAAACGAGAAUUUAAGGAAGUUGGUAUUUCAAAUGGUAUUGCAUUUGAUCUGGAAGAAAACAAAAUGUACUAUGUUGAUACCUUAAUUCCGGCAAUUUCUGCAUUCGAUUACGACGGCGAAAGUGGCGAAAUCAGUAACAAAACAACAGUUUUUAAACUAGAAUGCAGUUGCAUAAAUGGCCUACCAGACGGAUUAACAAUCGACACCGAUGGUAAUUUAUGGUUGGCUGUGAUUUUCGGUUCACUUGUUUUAAAAAUUGACCCUCGGACCGGCCAACUAUUGAAAAAAAUCCAAAUGCCAACCCCUCAAAUCACAGCACUCACUUGGGGUAACAAAGACUGCGACGUCUUGUAUGUUACUAGCGCCAAAAUGGCAGUAAAUGGGAAAAUACCCGAAAAACCGGCCGGUUGCACUUUCAAAUUGGAAAAUUUGGGGCACAGCAAGGGUUUACCUGGUGACCGAUAUAAAAUGUAAUCUAAAGCUAAAAUAGACGCUUUAUUUGUAGAAUUGUAAAUAUUUAUAAUUUAAUAAAGUUUAUAUGUAUUCAUAUUA